AUGGACUCAACAUCAACUCUUGGCCGAGAAAGCAGUAACAAAGAUGAUGAAGGAGAAACUCAAACACCGACUAGUGUGGGCAAGAGGAAAGAAACUCCGCCAACCAGUGGAGCAUCAUCUCAACCGAUCAAAGUGAAGCGUCUCCUCCCGACAAGAUCAGAUGUUUGGGAACAUUACACAAGAACUCCAGAAGAUCGAGAUAGGUGUAUAUGCAAUCACUGCCAGAACUCAUUCUCGUGUCUCACCUCCUCAAGAACAUCAAAUCUGAAGAAACAUCUUGAAGUAUGCAAGAACCAUCAUGCUUGGUUAGCUGGACAGAAAAAUAAGCAGCCCGUUAUUGAUGAUGAGGGGAAACUUAAGAAGGCAAAGGUGACUGAAGCUCAGUUUAGAGAAGCUACCAAUCAAAUGCUGGUAAUAGGGCAAUUUCCUUUAUCAUUUGUUGAGAGUGCAGCAUGGAAACAUUUCGUAGAGAAGACAACCUUGUUCACUCCUCUUUCAAGAAGAACCGCACGUAAAGACAUUGUGAAGAUGUAUGUGGCAAGGAAAGAAGCACUCAAGAAAUGGUUCAUAUCUAGCCAGCAACGAGUAUCUCUGACUACAGAUAUUUGGGUUUCCCAAACAACAGGUGCGAGUUAUAUGGUUGUGACAGUGCACUUCAUUGAUUCUUCUUGGCGUUUGAAGAAGCUGAUCAUAGGAUUCAAACAUAUCAUGGAUCACAAAGGUCAGACUAUAUCAACUGUUCUUCUCGACUGUUUGUCUGAAUGGGGAAUAGAUAAGGUUUUCUGCGUAACAGUAGAUAACGCUACUGCCAAUAGUUCUGCUUUGAGGAAGUUUCAGACUACUUAUGCUAUGGUUUCAGAUGAGGCUUUUGUUUUAGAUGGAGAGUUUUUACACAUGCGUUGUAGUGCUCAUAUCAUUAACUUGAUAGUUAGAGAUGGAAUGGCUGAAAUAGAUCAGAAUGUGGUGGCCAUCCGUAAUGCGAUCUCCUACGUUAGAUCACACACUAACAGAUUGAGGUCUUUUGAGCUGAAAGUUGAUGCCGGUAAGAUUACAAGAGGAAGCUUGCCAUUGGAUGUGAAGACAAGGUGGAAUUCAACCUAUCUAAUGUUGACAACAGCUCAGAAGUUCAAGGUGGCUUUCAAUAGGAUGGAGACAGAAGACAAGCUCUACAAUGAUCACUUCUAUGAGCUUGAUAAUGGAGUCAAAAGGACAGGACCUCCUCAGCCAAGGGAUUGGAAUGCGGUUGAUAAGCUGUGUCGGUUUCUCAUGAUUUUCUACAACUCGACGUUGGUGGUUUCAGCUUCAACUUCACUCAACUCGCAUAAGUGCUAUGGUGAGAUAGUGACUAUCGCGACCAAUCUCAGAAGUCUCUCUACCAGCCAUGAUCCUGAUUUGAAGUCAAAGGCAACAGAGAUGCUGAAGAAGUUUGACAAAUACUGGGAUGGUGUGAAGAACAUUAACAAGAUGUUAAUUGUGGCUACUGUGUUCGAUCCAAACAAUAAGUUGGAGCUUGCAAAGAUGUGUUUUGAGGAGUUAUAUGGGCUGAAUAGCAUUGAGUAUAAUGACAUGUUGGAGUCGUUGAUCACUCUGUUGAGAAGUUUGUACAAGGAGUACAGUGCAAGACAUGGAGGCGGUUUACAUCCAAAUGAUCAGGCAUCUCAGUCAUCCGAGCAAGUUCAGAAUCAGAGUAGGAACCAGAGUAUUGAGAGGAUGUAG